UCUGUGAGCUCGUGCAGUUGAGAUGAUUUUACUCUUCACGCGUGUGUCUGUCGGAACUACAGCUGCUGAAAAUAAACGUCUGCCAAUGUGUGACGGGACUUUAAACUAGUUAAAUUAACCGGAGACUCCACUGUGUGUGAAGGGGAUGAGAGGAGACUCCAACAGAAGCCUAAUGGGAGAAGCAGAAUGUCAUCGUUUAUCGACGGGCUCGUCCCCGGGCAGCCAUGACACGCACUCCAUCUCCAACACUGAGCGUUCAGAGGACCGUCGGCCGGUCAGUUUGGUGUCUUCAGUCUCCUCCUGUUCUUCUGUAGAGGCGAUCAGCAGCCCUCAGAGACCCUCACCAUCAUCGGGUGAUAUCGACCUGGACCUCAGUCCUUCAGAGAGACCCUUAGACCAUUCAGAACUGGAGUGGACCGUAUCAGAACCGGUGAUUACAUCAUCAGAGCGCUGCAAAGACCAUCUCUCACCAUUUGCCGCCGUCACCAUGGCACCCAACCCACAGCUUAGCUAUGUGGAUCGUGUGGUGAUGGAGAUUAUAGAGACGGAGAGAAUGUACGUCAGAGAUCUGCGCAGUAUUGUGGAGGACUAUCUUGUACACGUCAUAGACACGAGGGAUCUGCCCAUCAAGCCAGAACAAGUGUGCUCAUUAUUUGGGAAUAUUGAACAGAUAUAUGAGUUCAACAGUGAAUUGUUGCACUGUUUAGACACCUGUGCCAAUGAUCCUGUGGCCAUCGCACGCUGCUUUGUAGACAAGAGCGAGUAUUUUGAGAUCUACACGCAGUACUGUACAAACUACCCUAAUUCAGUGGCAGUACUCACAGAUUGUUUGAGGAAUAAAACUCUGGCUAAGUUUUUAAGGGAUCGUCAGGCGUCUAUCAAGCGGUCUCUUCCUCUGGGUUCUUAUCUGCUUAAACCUGUUCAGAGGAUCCUUAAAUAUCACCUGCUGCUUCAGGAAAUAGCCAAACACUUUGACCCUGAUGAAGACGGUUAUGAUGUGGUGAUCGAGGCCAUAGACACCAUGACAGGAGUGGCCUGGUACAUCAAUGACAUGAAGAGAAAACACGAGCACGCUGUCAGAGUUCAGGAGAUUCAAUCUCUGCUCAUCAACUGGAAGGGUCCGGAUCUCACCACCUAUGGCGAAUUGGUUCUGGAGGGAACGUUCCACGUCCACCGAGCCAAGAACGAGAGAACCCUCUUUCUGUUCGAUAAGAUGAUGCUCAUUACCAAGAAACGAGGAGAACAUUAUGUCUACAAGACUCAUAUAUCGUGUUCCACAUUGAUGUUGAUCGAAAGUGCCAAAGACUCACUGCGCUUCAGUGUGACCCAUUACAAACACCCCAAACAGCCCCAUACGGUUCAGGCCAGAACUGUGGAGGAAAAGAAACUCUGGGCUCAUCACAUAAAGAGACUCAUUCUGGAGAAUCAUCACGCUAUUAUUCCACAGAAAGCCAGAGAUGCCAUACUGGACAUGGAUCCAACAUGUAUGGUAAAGCAUCGCUACAGUCCAGACAUAAUGAAGAAAAUGUCGUCCCGACGGAGUGAGGAUUUCUCUUCAGGUGCUUUGCAGGAACGGAGAAGAUCUGAACCGGGGAAACAGAUCACACGAAGCUCCAGAGGAAAUCUUAAGGUCCAGUCUGUUUCUAUGAAAAUGCACAACCGAUCUCACGCCACAGGUGUUUGUGUCAUCCAGCAUGCAGACAGUGAAAGUGCUCUGUUAGUGGAGAAAGAUCGCCGGUCCCUUCCGACCACUGCCUUGAGAUCUACAUCAGAGCUGAUGAGCGUCGUACCUGAACUGAUACGGAUCGAUCACGAUCUUGAAUCCAGUACGGGCUCACUGGACGACACGGAGGAAAUGAGACAAAUUCACGAAGAGCAGGAAGCACAGAACGCAGAUGAUGAUGAUGAUGAUGGGAUUGAAGGAGAGGAAGAAGUUCUGAUGGAGGAUGAGCAGGUAGCCGACUUUACCAGUUCAGUUCUGGCCGCGCUCUCCUGUCUGCGGUAUAGGGCCAAGGCUUUGCUUUCACAUCCAAUCACAACGGACACAGAUGGACGUUGUGUUACUCAAGAGAACAGACCAAUGGACACGAGCCAUCAAACAUCUUUUGAAGGAAAAACUGAGCAGAUCCUGGAUAGUCUGAGUGUUUCUAAGCUGGCAAACUCCUGCAAAAGUGCUGAAUAUAGCUCCUCUGAGGAACACAGAAGUUCACAGAAGAUCUUGCAUCCUCUCAGAGACACUGAGGAUCUUGUGAUAGACCCAUUACACAUUUAUCCAGAGACAUGUAGGACAGUAGAUCUUAGAUGCAGCACAGAUCUAGAGAUAGACGAUGUCUGCAACGGAGGACAAGAAAAUGAAGAGGAUUUGGAGAACGACGUCCAUUUCUUAUCCACACAAGCAGAUGAAAUAAAAGAAAUGACUCCGUCGAACAGGCACCUCUUGGAAGACAUUGAGAUAGAUGUUAUAGCACACGAUAACCUCCAGCCUUCAUCUGUCCUGGAUCAGACCGGUGAUAUCUCACAGCAGUUUACAGACAGAGUCUCUCGCAGGAGCAGUCUAGAAGCAGAUGGGUCUUGUGAGUUGGACCCUUCGUGUCGUUCAGAAAGCAGGAGAAGCAGUUUGUUGAGCUGUGGUACUGAGACCCACGACAAAGACUUCAGAAGAUCCACUCCAGAACCAGUAAAGGAGACCCCGUUCAAACCAGACCAAAGAAAACCAGAGACUCUUUCCAAAAAAGAUCGAUUGCUCAUACGUAAGAUUAAACGAUACUACGAACACGCCGAGCAUCAUGAUGCCAGCUUUGCCAUUAAACGUAGAGAAAGCCUUUCGUACAUUCCUGCAGGCCUCGUCCGUAAUCUUAGUCAACAGCUCAAUGACCGUACGUCAGAUGAAGAUUCAGCAUUACGCAAGAAGGUGACACGGCCAACAUCGUGGGAUGUUUUUAAUCUGCCGGGCUUGGACAGCGAGACGUCCAAAGUGUGCAGUUCUGACUCCAAGACUGAAAAUGACAUUUUUAGGAAAGAUGAGGAAUUCCAGCCUGCAUCUGACAUGGUUGAGGUGUGGCAAGAGAUGGAGGUAAAGACACUUGGAGAACCUCAGGACUCUAUGGAAAGCAUCGAGAACUCCAUAAUGGCUUCACCUGAUCAGGAGAAGAACGCGGAGAUCAGCAAGACCAGUUCUGAUAGUGGACUUGGUGAACCUUUACUAAUACUGGAAGAGUCUGAUGAAACUUCUACACCUUCCCAAAACAACAGCAGCUUGGAAAAGGACAACAGCCAACAAGAGCAUCACAAAAUCAACCACAGUCCUCUUCCCAGAAUCAUCUCCUUGAAGUCUGCCAAUGAACAUGACCUGAUCUUACAAGAUAUGGAGAAGAUGAAAAAGAAAGUUUUCCACCUGGCCAGACAAUACAGUCAGCGUAUCAAAAAUAACAGACCUGUAGUAAAACAGAGACCUAAACUCUCAGAAAGCCUCUUCAUACCCAAUAAUCUCUCUUCUGUCAUGGAGGAGAAACCUUUGGGAAAAGAAAAAGGGUUUCCUGACCGGUGUCUAUCGCUGAAUUUGAUCGAGCAGGACCUUAUUCAGGACUCGAAGACGAGUAGUUCAUCCUCCAGUCUCUGUUCUCCAGGCAGUCCAUACUUUUGUAGACUAAACAUCCAGAGAUCACAAAGCCCAGUCCAAAACGAAAGCUUCAUCUGGCCAGACGUGAAGGAGUUGUGCUCCAAAUAUAACAACCAAGAUCCGAAGAUCAUUUCCACUGUCUCACAUCUUCUCCCAGUGGGACGUAGUAUCUCUUGUCCAGAACCGGAGAGGUCCAAAGCUUCACGUUCCUCAUCCCCCUGCAGUUUCACAAUGCACAGAACUGCUAACACAGAUUCAACAUCAACGUCUUCCCACAUGAACCUUUGUAAAGUAAACUCUUUAGAUUAUAAUCUAGAAACACAGCACACGUUUGGACAGCAGGAUAGCUGUUAUCACCCCGGUCAUCAAACCUCACCCACUGAGAACUUCACUAUGGUUGAGAAGAUCUGUAGGGUGAAACAAGAAGAAACUGGCAUGGAAACCGAAAGAGAAGACGGCGAUGAGAGUCGAUUAAGAUGGGAACAAUGUGAACGUGCAAUGAUAAACAGUAAAGAGCAAGAUUUGAUGUGUGCUCUUGAUCCACCCUGCUCGCUGGAGGAAACCGAGAACGGUCAACUUAGUUUGGUUAAAAACCUGAGGGAAAAAAUUCAGAACCUGAGUUCUUACACGUGAGGUUUGGUUAGUACGCACACAAACUAUUUGGAUGUAUUAGUCCCUGUAUUGAAAGAAAGGCUUGUCUCAGGCAGGUUGGCGCAUUUUUACAUUUUUAUAAAGCCUACAUUCAGUUGACCAAACCUGUGGAGAGAGUAUAUAUUUAUAAGCUUGUCAUGUAAAUUUAUGUACAUUGGAUUUUUGUUACAUUAAUUUGUGUGCUCCUCACCAGAAUAUAAGCAUUUGUUUAAAGGUGUUGGCUGCAGUUUAAACCUGUAACUUAUUCCCUUUUAUAUUUUGAUUUGGUUAAUUGUGCAUCUUUAUUGAAAUGAAAAGCCACAAGAAAUGAAUUAGAAUAAACAAAAUGCUGUUUGUCAUCCAAACUCCCUCAGAUUAUUAGAGACGUAAGAGAGGAACCGAGCGAUAUGAUAUGAUAUGAAAUGCAGUGUAUUUGUUUAAAGCUGUAGAUGUGUAUUGAUUCUCAUCUCUGUAGUGAUGUAACUGAACACAGGAAACAACUUCAUCUUAUUAGAGAAGAAAACUGGAUGAUUAUAAUCAAAUUAAACUCAAUCAAUGAUGGGCAGUAGUUUGUCCUGUGUCUCUCUCUUCUUCAUGUUCACUUGUAGUUUGUUUAUUGUCCACAUUGAAUGUCUGUGUUUGUGUUCAACUUCAUAGAUCUGAAUGUUAUAGAAGAGGCGUCACUGUGUUCGGGUGAAUAAUCUUAAAUAUUGGGAUUAUUAUUAUUAUUAUUAUAAGCUGUUUUUGUAUUUUCUGCAUAUUGUAAUGAGGUGUUGAUCUUAAGCUUAAUAUCACUGUAAUUGUUUAUAUUUAUUCUUAUUUAUUUGACAAGAUGUGAAUACGCACAGUGUCUCUGUCAGCUAUGACCGUUUGUAAAAAUGAUCCUUUUUGUUUUGUUUUGUUUCUGUUGUAUAAGACGUGUACAAUAAAAUAUUUUUUUCGAACUAAU